UGCAUUUGCAGCAUGUGAGUGUGAUAUAGGUGAGAUGCAGCAGUACCUCCAUAGUGCUGGGAAACUCUUUUUCACCACGCUCCUUACAGCUCGGGGGAAAGUCCUGCUUGUUGUAAAGGAAGCCUUAAGUAAAUUUCUGCCUGCCAAUGCCCACCAGCUGGCAUCUGGGAAGCAGCACAUCAUCCUCACCCGCCUGCGUGACUGGAAUUGCGUGACAGUUUCAGAGUUUGCUUCAAAGGAGGACAUCAUCCAGGCCGUGUUAUGCAGCUGCUUCAUCCCUCUGUGUUUUGGCUUUAUCCCUCCUCUGUACCAUGGGGUGCGUUAUAUCGAUGGGGAAUUCGGCAUGUGGAAGACCAACCUCGUGUCCCAGACCACCAUCACCGUGUCUGCUUUAGCUGGUGAAUUUGACAUCUGUCCCAGAGAUUGCCCAGUUCCCUUCUUCGUUUUCCAAAUAGUUGACUGGGUUUUACAUGUGUCAGAACAAAACCUGUAUCGUGUGCAGUGUCUUUUCCAGUGUCCUUCAGCAAAAGUGAGCUGCUUCUUCAGGUUUGUGAACAGCUUUAUCAUGAUGGCUACCAGGAUGCAGUGUCCUUCUUACACAGAUUGA